GCCCGCCUGUGGAUCCGCCCGGAAGUGCCGCCAUUUUGGAUCCUCUGCGCGUAGAGAGAAGGCGAGAGGAGCGUGUGACCCGGAGACUGCGUGUGGCACCGUUGUGAAUAUCGGGAUCUCCGGGCCACUGCUUGUCAUUUGAAGAAACAGAGAACGUUAAUGGGGGCUAAUUAGACAGACCAUGGCUUCAUUUAAGCUUGAUUUCCUGCCCGAGAUGAUGGUGGAUCAUUGCUCUCUGAAUUCCAGUCCUGUCUCAAAGAAGAUGAACGGCACCAUGGAUCAUCCAGACCAUCCGGAUCCAGACUCCAUCAAGAUGUUCGUGGGACAGAUUCCUCGCAGCUGGUCCGAGAAGGAGUUGAGGGAGCUGUUUGAGCAGUACGGUGCCGUGUAUGAAAUUAAUGUCCUGCGAGACCGAAGCCAGAACCCUCCGCAGAGUAAAGGGUGCUGCUUUAUUACUUUCUAUACACGUAAGGCUGCAUUAGAAGCACAGAAUGCAUUGCACAAUAUGAAGAUUCUCCCUGGGAUGCAUCAUCCGAUACAGAUGAAGCCGGCUGACAGUGAGAAGAAUAACGGUAUGUCACCUAGUUCUCGGAAAGACGUCCCUGGGCUUUUCAUACAUUCAGGCCAAUUAAAGUGUCAGCCACACUUUAGUUACUCUUCCUUCCUGUGUGAAGCCAACUCUGUUGAAGACAGAAAGUUGUUUAUUGGCAUGGUCUCCAAGAAGUGUAAUGAGAACGAUAUCCGGGUCUUGUUCUCUCAGUUUGGGCAGAUAGAGGAAAGCAGAAUUCUGCGGGGACCUGAUGGGUUGAGCAGAGGCUGUGCAUUCAUCACAUUCACCACCAGAUCUAUGGCACAGAAUGCAAUCAAAUCCAUGCACCAAGCACAAACCAUGGAGGGUUGUUCCUCCCCAAUCGUUGUCAAGUUUGCAGACACCCAGAAAGACAAAGAACAGAAACGAAUGACACAACAACUCCAGCAACAGAUGCAGCAGAUUAAUGCAGCCUCUGUGUGGGGGAACCUUGCCGGGCUCAACAGUCUAGCACCACAAUACUUAGCACUUUAUUUGCAGCUCCUCCAGCAGACAGCCUCCUCCAGCAACCUCAACUCCCUAGGUGGCCUCCAUACCAUGGGAGGUGAGUACUCCAUGGGGAGAACAUCAGGACUCAGUGCCAUGCAGAUACAGAACUUGGCAGCUCUAGCAGCAGCUGCCAGCGUUACACAGAACCCAACAAGCGCAGGCUCGGCACUCACUACAUCCAGCAGUCCCCUCAGCAUCUUGACCAGUUCUGGUUCAUCCCCUAGUUCAAAUAACAGUUCAUCAGUCAACCCCAUGGCAUCUCUCGGAGCUCUGCAGACCUUAGCCGGGGCCACUGGAGGGCUCAAUGUUAGUUCUUUAGCAGGUAUGGCUGCUUUAAAUGGUGGUCUGGGCAGCAGCGGUCUCUCAAACGGCACUGGCAGCACAAUGGAAGCCCUGAGCCAAGCUUACUCUGGAAUCCAGCAGUAUGCAGCAGCGGCAUUGCCCUCACUCUACAACCAGAGCCUGUUAUCGCAGCAGGGCCUGGUUGCUGCAGGCAGUCAAAAGGAAGGCCCAGAGGGAGCAAACCUCUUUAUAUACCACUUGCCACAGGAGUUCGGUGACCAAGACAUCCUGCAGAUGUUCAUGCCAUUUGGAAAUGUUGUGUCUGCCAAAGUUUUCAUUGACAAACAAACGAACCUCAGCAAAUGUUUUGGUUUCGUAAGCUAUGACAAUCCAGUUUCCGCUCAGGCUGCUAUCCAGUCCAUGAACGGCUUUCAGAUCGGAAUGAAACGUCUAAAAGUUCAACUAAAGCGCUCCAAGAACGACAGCAAACCCUACUGAACUGUACUGCCCUGGGAAGUGAGCGAAAAGGAUGUUCUGAUCCCUUCCUGCCAUUUGUCCAUCAUUGUGCCUCUAAAGCAUGUCGGUGUGGCGUUCAAGUUCAUCGUCCAAAUCCUUGUUUCUUCAGCUUCUUUGAUGCUUGAACUCUCACCUCUGAACUUGUGUUUUUGACUUUUUUUUUUUUUUUUUAUGCUAAUGUGUUGUAUUUUUUACCAUGUUGUGUUUUUUGUUUUGUUUUUUCCCUGUUUUUCUUUGUGUGUUGCCAAAUUGGCUUUGCUACAAAGACCAUGAAGAGGGACACAAUAUUUAAAAAAAAAAAAAAGAGAAAAAAAAUCUUGCAUUUGAUUAUUAAAAAGCAAAGAAUUAUAUAAAUCUAUUUUUCUAGAAAUUCAUAAAGUAACCACUUAAUUUUUUUUUCGGAUUAUACUUGGUGCCUAAUCUUUUGAGCAGGCCUAGCUGGCACACUGUUUAGUACAUUGUCCUUUUCGUUGCGUUUCUACCAACCAAAUUCAGUCUGUAUCUCCUCUCGACUGGUGUUAUGUUGGGGGGAGGUUAUUUAUUUGUCUUUUUUUUAAUUUUACCAAAAUUUUGGAAUCGGAAAAGCGGUCACUUUUUGCUGCCUGCCAGUGGCUUAUUUUUGUGUAUUGACCCCCCCCCCCCCCCCCCCCCCCCCCCCACCUUAUAUCAUAGCCAUCUGUGUAUUGUGUAGUGUUGCUGGCGCUCCCCGAAUUUUGGGUUCUGCACAGCUGAUUUCAGCCUAUAACAUGAACCAUUCAGGGAGCAGCAUCUUAUUUUUUUUAAGGAGCCGUGUCUGCAGCAGAAUGUGACUGUUUUUGUUGUUUUUGUUUUUUCUUUCAUUCAGUGGAUUGUGCCAAAAAUUACAUAUAUAAUAUUUCUGCCUUGUCCUUUGUCCGUUUUUCUUCACCGCUCAGCUAUUUCAAUAACCACCCCUCCCACGUGGGGCUGGCUGAGCUGAUUUAGUUCUGUGUUUUAGAGGUAAAAGUGCAAAGCAGGGGUGUAAAAUAUAUAUAUAUUUUUUUUUUUUAGGAAAAAGUUUGUUUAGCCGCAUCCUUUUUAAUUCGUUUUCUUCGAUGUUUGUUAAAUGUGCAGUACAAGGUAUCUCCGCUGUGUGUUCAGGCUGCACUGCGGCUUCUUGCCCCUAACUUGCAGGGUAAUCGCGCUGUCUAAGACAGCAUGGCGUUUUGUGGUUGGCACCGUAAACGUGACGCAAUUGGUCAUCGAUACAGGGCAGUGCUAACACUAAGGCCCCUUACACGCGGGCGUCACGGAUUUUGUCCGGAUGCGUUGCGGGAAACCCGCGCGAGUGCAUAUGCAAUUUCAGUCCGUUUUUUUUCGUGUGAGUGCAAAGCGUUUUAAUGCUUUUUGCA